AUGAAGUUACACAGGAGGAAACGACUUCAGUGGAACAGGAUUUUGUUCAUAAUAUGUGUGAUGUUUCUAUGUUCUUUAUAUCAAUUGUCCGUUGACCAAAAGGUUGAAUCAGAGCCUUGGGUAACAACUGCUGCAGAAGAUCCCAGUUUUCCAAUAGACGAAGACACAGUGUCUGUAAGAGAGCUAGUAAAUCAGACUAUAUCUACAACUACCACUACUAGCACUACGACCGCCACCACUUCCACUUCUACCACCACCACCACCUCAGCAACCCAUACUGAAAAUGUCACAGAAAGGACCAAAACUAGGCAUUGUAUUUUUGUGGACCCAGACCCAAUAACCCCUACCAUCAAACCAAGAACAACCACUAUUCUGUCUACCACCAAACCCCCAUUGCCUCAUGCCAAAGGAGAGUAUCCAGCAGACCUGUUCAGCGUAGAACAGCGUCGGAAAGGAUGGGUUUCACUUCAUAUCUUUGGCAUGAUGUAUGUAUUUGUGGCCUUGGCCAUUGUCUGUGAUGAAUUCUUCGUCCCAGCUUUGGGUGUUAUCACAGAAAAAUUUCAGAUCUCUGAAGAUGUUGCUGGUGCCACCUUUAUGGCAGCCGGUGGUUCAGCACCUGAACUUUUCACUUCUCUCAUUGGGGUAUUCAUUUCUCACAGCAAUAUUGGUAUUGGCACUAUUGUGGGCUCUGCUGUAUUUAACAUUUUAUUUGUUAUUGGAACCUGUGCCCUGUUCUCCAGGGAGAUUCUUAACCUGACCUGGUGGCCUCUGUUUAGGGAUGUCUCCUUCUACAUUCUUGAUUUGAUCAUGCUUAUCAUAUUCUUCUUGGAUAAUGUCAUCCUUUGGUGGGAAAGCAUUCUGCUCCUUACAGCCUAUGGGCUCUAUGUUUUCUUUAUGAAAGUAAAUGUUCAGGUGGAGGGCUGGGUUAAGGACCAGGUUUCCAAAAGGAAGAGACUUGUCAAAGUCAUGGCCUUGGAAGACUCAACUAAGAAAGGCAAUGGGUCAGUUGCAGGGGAUGAACCAAAGCCAACAGAAGACAACAACAGAUUAAAGCUGAAGCCAUUCCUUACCAGAGGGGGAAGUUCGGCCUCUCUGCACAACAGCACAAUCCGCAGCACCAUCUUUCAGCUUAUGAUCCACACGUUGGACCCUCUCGGGGAAGCUAAAUUUAAAGACAAGGCUGAAAUCAUGAACAACCUGGCCAAGUCUAAGGUAGAAACAGAUGUCAAAAAAGGAGUGAAAACCAAAGACGAGAAGAAUGAUGGUGAGGUUACCAACACGGUGAACGUACAGGUGACACCGGCUACCGGCUCUGAACCUUCCAAGGAAGCAGAGGAAGAACGAGGAGACGAAGAUGCUCAGAAAAACACAGGAGAGGAAGGUGACGGAGGUGGCAGCUCUGGCAGCAGUGGUGAGGACAGUGACGAUGAUGACAGUGAUGAUGAUGACAGUGAGGACAAUGAUGAUACUGAUGAAGAUGAGGAAGAAGAGGAGAUUGAUGAGCCUCUGUCCCUUGAGUGGCCGGACACCAAGAGGAAACAGAUCACAUACCUACUUCUACUGCCAAUCGUAUUCCCUCUGUGGCUCACAGUUCCUGAUGUCAGAAGCCCAAAAUCCCGGAGGUUGUUUGUGUUCACUUUUCUGGGGUCCAUAUUAUGGAUUGCUAUAUUCUCAUACCUGAUGGUAUGGUGGGCCCAUCAGGUGGGGGAAACAAUUGGGAUUUCUGAGGAGAUAAUGGGACUGACCAUCUUGGCUGCUGGCACCUCCAUUCCUGACCUCAUUACCAGUGUCAUUGUGGCAAGAAAGGGCUUGGGGGACAUGGCUGUUUCCAGCUCUGUCGGCAGCAACAUUUUUGAUAUUACAGUAGGCUUGCCGGUUCCUUGGUUCCUGUUCUCAAUGUUUAAUGGUUUCAGCCCUGUGGCAGUCAGCAGCAAUGGAUUAUUCUGCGCCAUUGUUCUCCUCUUCCUCAUGCUCCUCUUCGUCAUAUUUUCUAUCGCUUUUUGCAAAUGGAGGAUGAACAAGUUCCUGGGAUUCACCAUGUUCAUACUGUAUUUUGUGUUUGUGAUCGUCAGCGUAAUGCUGGAGGACAGGAUUAUUGUGUGCCCCAUCUCUAUAUAA